GAGAGAGCGAGGAACAGAGCAGAGGUGAGGAAGAGCUGGGAACUGUCAAGUACUUAUUAGGGCAAAGCGAUCAUAUCUAUGCUGACCGGAAGAGAGAGCUUGGUCAGGCUGAUCGGAAAGCGGAGGAGGUUCCUUCCCAAUUGUCAAUCUCUUUUCCCUUCGUAUUCCGCUGGCUCUUCGAAUCCGCAAGAGGAAAAUGGCGAAGUCCCCUCUUGCUCGGGCAAAGGACCAUCAAAGUAUGAAAUGGACAUCCGUGGAAAUGGUGAAGCUGGAAGAAGCGGUGGUAUGGUUAGCGAUUUGGGUUGGGUUAAUUGUCCUGUUUGCGGAGAUAAACUGCGUGCCACGGAUUACAACAUAAACUCUCAUCUGGAUACAUGUUUAGCCAGAGGAACCAAAAGAAAAUUGACCCAGCGAACGCUUCUUGAGUCAAGGUUUUGCUCCCGAUCAAAAGAUAAAGUUCACUCUGAUGACUCCAGUAAUUUAGGUUCCAACUCAACACAUAGGGAUCUGGAGAACAGUCCUGCGUGUAACACCUCUUCUACUUUGCCUGAAUUUGGUGCCACAGAAGCUGACAAGAGAAAUCAAUGCUUGUUGCCCUUGGAUUUAUCAUUCAAUAGAGAAACUUGUAUAGAGGUUUUAGUAGAAAACCUCCCCAAGGAAGGCAGUUUUGACAAGGUGGAUGAACCUCCACCCUUUUCCCAUGAUCUUGAGAUGCAUCAGCUUAACAUGGUUAGCUUUAAAGAUAACAUCUCUGGGGCAACUCUUGAGACUUUUAUUGUCGGCCGAAGAUUCAGUGAUGAAGUUGAGUUGAAGCAAGGAGCUAGCAUUUCUCUUUCAAGGGAUUCCAAUAAUCCUAAAGAUCCCAAUGCUAUCAAGGUUUUCUCCAUGGAUUCUGAAUCUGGUAAAAUGCUUGGGUUUCUUCCUCGAGAGUUGGCUCAAUAUCUUUCACCUCUGAUUGAAAAGUACCGUGUGAACUUUGAGGGAUUUGUGAUAUCUCUUCCAAAACAUUCUUUUGACGCCGUUCCAAUUCAGAUUGUUUGCCACGAGAUUGUGUCGCGUGGUGAAAAAGAAUCUAAUGAUUGUCAGUGUUUUGAGUCCUUAUGGGAAAAUGUUGUUCGUGUUGUUGAAUAUGCUAAAAAAUUUCCCACUAGCAUGACAAGAUAUCAGCAGAACUUUUGUAUUAUAAUUCACGAGGUUUUAGACACUUAUUCCCACCUCUUCUUGGAUGAAGAAAAACUAUUUCUAGAAUCUUUUAGUUCACUUUCAGAUGAUAGUCAGAGGCUUCUUGUUCGACUUUAUACACGAAAAGGGCCAUGGUUUCGGAUUUCUAAUAUUUCAUAUGCUGAAAUAUUGGAUUGUCAAGAAGCAAUCAAGGGACUCUGUGCGGCAGGAUAUAUUUAUUCCUUGGAAUCAACAAAGGAAAUGAAUUUUAGGGAUAUGAAGGAAGUUCUAGAUGUGCUUGUUGUUUCAGAGCUACGGGAAAUUUCAAGUCUGACACAUCUGAAGCUUAAGGGAGGUGUCCGCUGUACAAAAAAGCAGGACUUUAUUGCAUGGAUACUAGCUUCAUAUGAAGAUGGAAUGUGCCCUUUGUUACCGAGCUUGAUUCUAGAUCGGACAGGCACUUGUAUUCGGAUUACUUCAACUGCUGAGCUCCUCCUUUGGCGUGUUGAGAGGCUUUUUUUCCUAAAUGGACAGCAAGACCUGUCAGCCUUUCUGCUGGUUAAUUUGGGGCUAGUCAAGUAUCCAUCUUAUAAGUGUAUUACUAUGAAUCAGAUUUUUCCUGGUCGAAGUGACCUGCUUGAAUAUGAGGAGGCAGUUGAAGUGGCACAAAUAAUGGAUCAAUCCCUUGAUGAGAAUAACAUUGAGGUGGUGAUGAGAUGCAUAGAAAUAUCUGAAGCCCACAUAUCCAGUUCUUCAGAUGAAGUAGCUCAGUCAUCUAUUUCUGAAUCUGUGGGGACAUUUCUUUCACGUUACUCAGCUUUAUGGAUCUACUCAAAAGUGGUUACCUUGGGCAUUUCCUUUCUUGAGUGUGACCACAAGUAUCAGGAUGCAAUAAGGCUCCUCAAGCAGUUGUUAAGUGCAAUUACUUGUGAUGGUAGAAGAGGAUAUUGGACCCUGAGGCUGUCAGUGGAUUUAGAGCAUGUAGGUUGUGUUUGUGAGAGCCUUUUGGUUGCUGAAGAAGGGUUACUAGAUCCAUGGGUUCGUGCUGGUUCAAAAAUGGCACUGCAAAGGCGGGUGCUACGCUUGGGAAAACCACCAAGGCGCUGGAAAACUCCUAGCUUUGCUGACUCCGUCAAGAGAAAGAUCAAAGAGGUACAUAUCCAGGGGAGGCCCUUGAAUUGUGAAACAGGAAUGAGAAAUAGAUAUUAUGGUGAAGAUGGUGAGCAAUGUGGUGUGGAGCAACUGGCCUUGCAGUAUUAUGCAGGGGAUGGGGGUGGGUGGCAGGGUGUCCAUGCAGAAAGUGGCAUUUGGAUGAUGAUCUUUGGGCUUCUUAUGUGGGAUGUCAUCUUUGCCGAUGUACCAGAUGUCUUCCGUACCAGAUUUCAGACGGCACCCUUAGAUCUUGAGACUGAUAACUUCUACAUAGCAAGAAAGAACCUUAUAGAAUCUCAUCUACAGAAAAUUCAAGAUGGUAUGGCAGAGGAGAUCCUGAUAACUUCAUGGGAGUCACACGUCGAAACAGCUUGCCGUGGUGUUAAUUGGGAAAGGCAUACUUUGUCUGAACUACGGGCUGCUGUUACAUGCAUCGGUGGACAUUGUUUGGCCUCAUUCUGUCGUCACUUGUCCCUAGAUUAUCGGAGCUGGUCAAGUGGGAUGCCGGAUUUACUGCUUUGGCGCUUCUGUGGAGAGUAUACAGGUGAGGCCAAGCUUGUGGAAGUUAAAGGCCCCAGGGAUAGACUCUCGGAACAGCAGAGAGCAUGGCUGUUGCUCCUAAUGGAUUGUGGCUUCAAUACAGAAGUAUGCAAAGUGAGCCCUGAUCCAUGACCCUACAACAUUUGGUUCCCCAUUUAUUGUAUUUUACUGUUUAAACAUUCAUUAUUAAGUUAGGGAAAAGUAUCUCUGAUCCA